AGUAAGGGACACUGAUUUUAGUUUACUAUGCAUUUUUUGGUCGCUUCACCAUUAUUGGGAUGAAUCAGUUCAAUUUUAUCGUAUUCUUCUUUUAAAUAAGCAUUUAGUAGGCGGUUUUUGGUUGAUAAAGAGCAUACGAUGGAUAAAUAGUCCAAUAUAUGCAAAGAAUUUAAAUUUGGUUUCAACUUUCCUAAUGAAGAGGGUCAAUUCAAUCGAAACCAACAAUUUUAAUAUCACUUUAAAUCAAUAAAAAAAACGCGUUGCGUAAAAUCAACUGAAUUCUCAAAGAAUUCAAAUUAUCAUAUAUUUCAUUCCACAUGAAUGUGACAAAAAAUUAUAUUUCGAUAUAACGAAUAGGAAUGUCUGAUUUAACCGAAUUGUGACAUCAUUCAUUCAUACUAAUUUUUCUGUUGCUCUAGACAUUGUGACAAAAGUUCCAUGCAGAGAGAGGUAUGUAUAUAUAUAUCACGUAUGUUUGGAAAAUACCGUACACAUCAAUAUGUUGGUGUGUAUAACACUCAUCCAACACAUGAUAAUGACGUUUGUGUGUGGAAACGUCACUGCGUUACUUGUCAAUUGUACGGAGUUUUUUUUUGUCGAUUAGAUCACGUUUGACAGUUUGACACUAAUAGUACAGGCGAUUGUUUAUUUAGACACAACAUAUGUUGGUGAAUCCAUAAAUAUAUACAUUUCCUACUUUUUUUUUUGCACCGAAGCAAAAGAGCAAAUCCGACAACCGAAAUUCACGCAACGAUGGUUUGGUUCAGUAUUUAGACGGAAAAUAAAUCGAUAGUAAUUAACGAAAACAGCAGACAGGAGACUCCAUCGUCCGAAGAUGAAUACUGUGAUAUUACUGGGAAUAAUCUGCAUCACAAUAUACUACUGCAUAACAUGGAUGCUCCCAAAGAUAAUUGGAUAUUUUUUCAUCAAACGAUUCAAUACCCAAAUCAAAUUCGGCCGAGUUAGUUUACCAUUCACUUUGCGAGCUGUGAAAAUCAUCAAGAAUGGUUUCUCGAUUCAAAUCGAUGAAAUCACCAUUCGAAGCAGCUUCUUCAAUUCCGAGGUCAGCAAGUUGUUAUCAAUUACGAUUCGAGACAUACGUGUCAACAAAGAUAUCAAUGAGACAACUGCUUCGGAUGCAAAUGGAGGCCAUGUCAGCGAUGACGAUGCUAUCGAUCCAAACUUGAAUGUGUGUGAUUUUCGGAAUAAAAAACUUCCACCUAGCAUCAUCAAAUUUGCACAGUUCAUGUCAGUGAAUGUGCAGAAUAUUUCUGUGGUCAUGAUGAACAACACAUUCAAUCCGAGCUGGUUCCUGCAUGCAACCGCUGGAGAUUUAAAUCUCGACGGAAGCACUUUGCAUAGUCUGAAGACUUUGGUAGUUACGGCUGCUCUCAGUGAUGCCAGGUUGAAAUUCUUCCGACACUACAAUUCAUCCAUGUAUGAAACACACAAAUUGAAACCUUGCUUGGCUGAGCUCAGUUUUGGUAUUGCUUUGGACGGUGAACUAACGGCAACGGGACCAUUGGCUGUGGAAAAAAUGCAUUUGGUUAUCAAACAAACGAAAACCUAUAUCCAUGAUGGUCUGUAUGAUUUCAUUCGAGACACUAACCACCUGAAUAGAGUUGAAAAGAAAACCAGCAAAUCAACACAGUCACUGAACAUCGACGAAUUAUGCCAAAGAAUUUCGCCAGUUAUACCGAAGAAUUUCACGGUAAAAGUGGACAAUGCGGCCUUUUCAGCAGUAAAAGAUGACUCAACUGAAGAUUUCACCGCUAAACUCGACUCAUUCACGCUGAAUGGAAAGUUCGCCACCAAUUCGGAGGACAGUACCUUCCGACUACCAUUUAUGUAUGCAGCCGUACAGCUGGAGCAGUUUGAAAUUGAUACGCAGCAGGAGAAACUUUUGUUUAUCGAAUUGUUUACAAUUAACACAACGCUCGAGCACAAAGUAUUGAACACAUUUUUCAAGAUGAAAUCAUUUCAGUUUGUGUAUAAUCACGAGGAGAUCUAUGAUUGGGUGAAUAAUAAUAUAUUCACAUCGAGUCCGUCGACGCAAUCAAAGUCGCUCUCUUUAAUUCUACCAAAUCAUCAAACGCUUGAAAAGCGACGGUUUUCAUUUGGUGGAACGCCUGACCGUGAUUUUGAGUGGUUAAUGAAUCAAAUCAUCAUAAAAUGUUGCGCAGAAGUGUUUAGCUUGUCGAUUUUAACAAAAGUAAAUAAUCGAGUGUCAUCGUUGAGUGUGAGCCAUACGAAAGUGUUGCUAGAUCAAUUUGAAGGGAAACGAAACACAGCGUAUGAGAAUAAAUUUCUGAAAAUGUUGCUCGGCAAUCGACACUGGAGCACCGAACUGAUGAUCGAAUCAUUCUGGUGGUCACUGAACAAUGCAACACGCGACGAUACAUUGCGAAAGAUACACACGCGUGGCAGUCCAAUUUAUGUUGGCGUCAGCUUGGUGAAGCUCAGCAGUUAUGGCAAUGCAAUUAAGUUGGAUUUGUCGUUGCAUACGCUGCGCUUGGAGUACAGUUCGGGUUUGACGGAUCUGUUGAUUCGGUUGAAAGAAUGCCUUGGCCAGUACGGGUUCAAAACAGGUCAACGGCGAAUAUUUGAGUUACCUGAAAUGGGCGAAUGUUUCGAGCCUUCGUCAAAAAUUAUGCCAAAAAUACUUAUAAAUGCAAAGAUAACCGAUGUCACAUCGUUCCUCUUUACCAAUCACGAUGCGUGCAUUUUGAUCAGACUGACCGAAGUGUCAUUGGUACGCACGCAACAAAUCACCGUUUUUAAACUUGACGAACUGCAUUUGGCUGUGAAAAAUACCAUCGAACCACAAACCAAUGCGUUGUUCAAUCUCAGCGAUUUUACUGAAUUAUUCACGAACAUGAAAUUGAUUCGUGUGGAAUAUUUGAUGAAACUUCGACCAAAACUACCGACACUCAAGCAAUUCAACAUACAAAUUGUGAACGAUGCGGUGAUAAUGUGGAAUUCAAAUCUUCACAUGCAAUGCUUCACACUGUUACAGGAUGUGCAACAAUUUCUACGUGAUUUCAUACCGGAGAAAUUCAAUGCGAUUCCAGAGCACACCUCGACCAAUUCAUGCGAUGAUGAAAAAACAUCGAAUGGACUGUCGAAAACGGUAUUUGAAAUUUAUGCGGAAAGCAAUUUGGAGAUUGGCAUCAAGUUGUCGGAACGUCAUUCGAUGCAAAUAUUCUUUGAGAAUCUAUUUCUAUCCACCAAAGAGCAGACAAUGCUUUCGAUUGAAAAAGUUUUCAUCAACAUUGAUGAUGCGCACAUUUUCACCAUCACCGAUGCAUCCAUGCAUUCGGCCACAUCGUUGGAAUUUUUGCGCAUGGAACGAGCCAAUUACGAGCAUUUUGUGUGCCCGGUGAAUAAAGUAUGGGUCACAACGUUAGGCAGUUUUAAGAUUAUCUACCCAUAUGACCAUGAUUUUGCGGAUGCUUUCCAAAAUGAAUUCAAUUCGCUGAUCAAAUGGCUGAAAGGGUUGCAUGGAAUCCAACGGAAACCAUUUACAGACGAUUCACCGUUGCCCAGCGACAUGGUGAUUCAAAUCAAAGAAUUUUUACUGGAAUUGAGCGACGAUCCAUUCGAAGUGAAACUGCGCGACAAUUAUGUGCUAUUGGUGGAUGAAUACCAUGAAAGUAUUAAAAGACAACAGUUGUUUGAACAGAAGAUUCAACAAAUUGUUGCCGACCGUUUACUUCUGCCAGCCGAAACACUGGCCGAACUUCAUGCAAAUUUAGUGAAGAAAAACUCGGAAAUUUACAUCCAAAGAUCGAAGAAAAUUAAAGAGGCAGGCCCAACACGAACCCGACUCUUCGCAUGGACACUCACCGAUGUUGAGUUUAUGAUUAUGGCUGAUCCAUCGCUGCAUGGACCGGCUAAGGUUUUAAAAAUGAUGAAAGAAAUCGAUGCUGAAAGUCCGUGGCCAGAAGAUGGCUUAGAUUUUGUUACUCUAUGGUGCCGAGCUAUAAACUUUAGCUGCACGGAAUGGAAAUUUUUAUUGAGAGACUUCCCACAGCCAAUGUUUUAUGUGAAGAAUAUGCAUUUAUUUGGCCAUUUAUGUGGUGCAGAACAAACUGCACCGCCACGUGCCAAACGCGAUGUUGAAAUUGUGAUUGGUGCUCCAUUCGGAACGCAUACGAUACAGAGGAGUUUGUUGCCUUUGAAAUUUUAUCAUGAUUUUGACUGUGAUUGGGAUUUGUGCAGUUAUGCCUUUGGACCAUGUUGGGAACCUGUGAUGGCUCAGUGCAAUUUAAGCUUUGAGAAAAUAUUUCCGCCGUCGCGGGAUCCAAGUCCAACGCUUCCAUUUUGGGAUAAAAUGCGAUUGCUUUACCACGGUCGACUAACAAUCAUAGCCAAACAAUUUACCGUUUUGCUGCAUGCUUCCCUCGACCCUUACAAUACGACUGAAGAAAUGGAACUGACGUGGAACAACUGCGGUAUAAUUUGGACGAAUGCUAAAGUCAUCUUCAAGGGUGAAUUAAAUAUAUGCGUUCGAACUGCAUCGCGCUAUGAUGAUUGUCGUUUGUUGCAUUUUCCAAAUCUCAAGCUAACAUUCAAAUUGAAUUGGGUGUGUUUGGGUAAUCCAAAUGAUCAUCACGUUGUGAUACCGUGUGCACCGGAUAAAUUGCCCGAAUACUCAAGCAACCAAGUGCAUGAUUCAUACCGAGCGUUUCGGUCUCAGAAUCUGAAUAUUUGGGUUUCAUUCGAAACAAAGCCACCGCAAAAUCAACAGAAUGAGAUCGAUUUACCGCACUUGGUGCUGUACGGCAGUACAUUGCGUUGGUUUGAAAGUUUGAAGCUAAUUCUAUCGGGUGUUACUCGACCCACACGUCGUGGACCGGUGUUCAAUAAUGUACGACCGCGAAAAAAGCAAUUGAGUCGACACUACAAAAAGGCGCAUUUGCAAAUGAGCUUGCACAAAUUCCAAGUGGUGUAUUGGAUGUCACACGCUCUACACCGAGGUUUCGAAUUGAACGGCGGUCGAGUUACAUUUAGCUCCGAGCAUCAGUUAACGUUAUAUCCAAUCGAUGAUGGUUUGACACAUCGACCGCGUGCUGAAUGGGCCACAAUGUACAUGAACUGUGAACUCAACGACACUGAGAUUUGGCUAAAAAGCAUUCUGAAUGACAAAGUCGAUGUGAGCACCGAGAACAUAUCCAAUUUGGAUGGUUUGAAAAUUGUAAAGUUUUAUUUUCUGAGUUUGGCCAAAGUGUCAUAUGGUCGUGAAGCACUGCUCCAAUCUAGCAAUUCGGAGCCAAAACAAAAGGAUUCACCAAUACACAAACUGGUUGUGUACGAUUUAAAAGGUGCAUGGACUAAAAAUAAUCGAGACGUGGCAUUUGCUCUGUUCGACUCAUUCAUGAAGUCACAGAAAUUGAAAUACAAUUUAUCAACGGAAGCAUUGCAAGGUUUUCGAAAAGACAACACAAAUACUCCGAUGAAAUCGAGAUCGAAUCAAAUGAAUACGACGGCACCGACCUCAACACCAUCAACAUCGACACAGCAAAUUCUCAGUUCAUCGUCGGGCAAUACGAGUCAAAUCAAUCAGAAAACCCAUGCCUCGACAAUGCUGCAACAGUUGAUUGCCGAAGCCGAUCACAAGUUCAAUGUGUACAGCGAUGAUUUGUCAACGCAAACAAGAGAGCAACAGUUAGAAGGACUGCGAGCUUGUCAAGAUGAAGAUGUCACACAAUACAAUUGGUUCAUCUCACUGGUUAAUUCGCAAGUAUUGCUGAAAGGCUGUGAAACAUCAGGCUAUGUGAUAAUGAGCGCGGCCAAAGCGGAGAUUUUGCAACGUGUUCAUCGACCCGUGUGGAGAGAUCGCAGUUUGGUGUCGAAAACCACUUGGGUUGGAUUUUUAGAUAGCAUGCAGUAUUAUGCCACGGUUAGCCCGGGAGAAAACGAUUCGUUGCUUGAUGAAAACAUCAUGUGGCUGACACUAGACAACAUUCAGGAGAAAGACAAAGAGGCAACUGUUAUUAACGAUCUACCAGACAUACCGCAUUUAGUGGGCAGUGGCCAGAGUGUGGGUGGUGUUGUUUCCGAAACGGUUGGUGCGCCUGGAAAUAUAGGAGUUGGUGAACCACAUCCAAUCCAACUGCAACGCAUUGUAUCGCGAUGUAAAUGUGAAUUCUUCUACGUCAGUUAUGGUGAUACAAUUGAUCCGGGAACACUGACUGAAGUGCCACAACCACCGCCCGAGGAAACACUCAGCCCAUGGGAACGGCAAGAUGAUCCAGUCGAUGCAUUCACAUUGAUGCAUCAUGAUCUUGAUGUAUGCACAAAUUCACUCCAGUACGCCAUGAUUUUGGAUAUUGUGAACAACCUGAUGUUGUACGUUGAACCACAACGCAAACAGGCGUUGGAAAAAUUAGUUCGCAUGCGAUUCCAAUUGCAAUUGUACAGCAGUGAAGAUCAGAAGCGGCCAAUUCAACAGUUGCAAACACAAAUCCGGAAUUUGAUGUCAAAAAUGCGAUUAUUGGAGAAAGAUAUUCAUUUGAUUGGGCGAGCACGCGCCGAAGAAGGUGACAGUGAUGAGCUCAAACAUGAAUAUGAAGAGGUUCAGAAACAAAUCCAAGAGUGCAAAGAGAAACUGAAUGCCCAGAGCGAAGAGUUGGAUAUGAUGUUUUCAUGCUAUAAAGAAACUCAAUUGUCGGCUAUGAAUAAAUUGGCCACCGUAAGAAAGAAUAAGCCAAUUACAAUUGUUCGAACCAAUGAGAUUUGCUUCAAACAUGCACAAUGGCGUCUCACCGAAGCGGAUGGUCAAAUUGGUAUAGCCGAUUUGAUUCUAAGUAAUUUCUUGUAUAAAAAAGUGACCAAAAGCGAUGACUCUGUGGAGCAUUUACUUGAACUUGGCUACAUUCGAAUGAAUAAUUUGAUUCCGCGUGAAACCUACAAAGAGGUGCUCUGUCCGACCGAAAUUCAAAAAGAUAUGCCGGUUGAUCAUCAAAAAGUGCUGCGAAUCUUUUGUCGCGAAAAGCCGCCAGUCGGUGGUAUUUCAGUGAAAGAGCAUUUUGAAAUUAACGUUGUACCAAUCACGCUUGCAAUCACACGUAAGUUCUAUAGUACGAUGCUGAAGUUCUGUUUCCCCGAUCGUGACACAUCCGAAACCGAGACCAUGGAUGAAAUGGACGAUGGAACGGCUUCAAUUAGCGGAAGCACAACAUCAAUUAAAUCAAGUGCGACGGCGCAAACCAGCAAAAAAUCAAUGCGCUCGAAGAAGAGCAACAAAGAUUCGGCAUUUUAUGUAAAAAUCGAAAAGGAUGACGUCGAAAAAAUGAAAGAACGUGCUGAGAAAAAUAAACUAUUUAUUUAUAUAAAAAUACCCGAAGUUCCUGUUCGUGUUAGCUACAAGGGCAACAAACAGAAGAACUUCAAAGACAUCACUGAUUUUUCGUUGGUCAUUCCGACGCUAGAAUAUCAUAAUGUCACAUGGACAUGGCUCGACCUUCUACUCGCAAUGAAAUCAGAUAGCCGACGUGUGAUUGUAUCACAGGCGAUUAAGCAAAAAUUGCAAAUACACAGAAAUCGAUCGAUGACCGUUGAUGGAGAACGACCAAGUCCACAAGAGGAAGAUAAAGCUAAGAUGCUAUUUGGAAAUCGGCAUGCGCCCGAAAAUAAAAGCACCAGAAAAGGUGUGUUCAAAUUUCCAACGAAACAAUAAAAAAGCGAUGACCGAUGCAAAAUGAAAAUUUAUGACUGUUGCAAUAAAAAAAAAUGGGUGUAGGAUGCUUUUCACGAAUCAUAAUCAUUUAAAUUAUUUAAAUUAUCAACUAUGGAUACAAAAUGUAUUCAAAUUACAAGCCCAUGUGGAGGAGGAUGAAAUAAAAAUAAAAUAAUAAAAGCAAAUAAACUUAAGUAAAAGUA